AUGACAGUCAUCAGCAGGUGGGGCCUGUCGACUAGCAUAGCAGCAGAUCACUCUCGAAUCCGACAGAUCGGAAGCGGAAGCAACUCGACAUGUUCAGGAGCUGCUGCUGAAGCUCUCAGUUCAUCGGCUUUAUUUCUUUGUGAACGCAGAGGGCGGCUGGAAUUCUUUCGACUUUGUAUUGGUGCUUUUCGCCUACUUGGAGCUCGUGGCAGCGUCGCUUCUGAACCCGACCUUCCUCCGAAUUGUGCGGCUGGUCAAAGUGGGGAGGAUCGCCAGGAUGCUCAAGGCCCUCCGCGCAUUGGAGGACCUGCGCACGACCCGUGGCUUCCAAGAGGCUGA